CUGUCACAGAAAUUCAACAGACCUCGAAAACAGCGGGGAUUGAAAUAGUUUUCGCGGUCGAACUCUGCGAGAGGGUUUGGAGUUUGAAUUCGGAUCCCUACAGAGAGAGAAACUCAAUGAAUGCCUCCGAAACCGUAGCGAGUUGAAGCCUCUUCUCCUCCAAACUGUGUGUUUACAAUUUAAAAAAAUUUUUUGGAGGGUACUAGAGUUGACAUUUAAUUUGUUAACCGGCAGUUUUGGGACCUAUUAAUUUUGUAACUGAGGCAUCCGCUUGACUUUUAAGAACAAACCAAAAUGGAAUAUGUGGCACAGGCUUUCCGAGCACCAUUCGAAUUUUACCAUUGGAUGAUGUCUAAAAGCGAUCCUCGGACAAUCGACUGGCCUUUAUGUGGUAGCCCGUUUCCAAUCCUAUCCAUAAUUUUUUCUUAUGUCUAUUUUGUGAAAGUGUUGGGUCCUCAAUGGAUGAAAAACAGAGAACCUUUCAAAAUCGAAGGGAUCAUUGUACUCUACAACAUUCUCAUGGUCAUAUUUUCAGCAGGUUUCUUCAUUUACGGAGGAAGUUAUUCAUACAUACCGCCUUGGGGGAAAUUUAGUUGGAUAUGUGAGCCUAUCAACUAUAGCACAGAUCCUGAAAUUAUAGACAUGAUCUCAAUUGGUUGGUGGUUUUUACUACUGAAGAUAGUUGAAUUUGCUGAUACGAUUUUCUUCGUGCUGCGUAAGAAAUUCACUCAUAUUUCAGCGUUGCAUGUCAUUCAUCACUCAUUGGUAGCCUGGGGAAUAUGGAUCGGCAUGAAAUUCGGCGCGGGUGGAAAUAAUGCCUUUUUCCCUUUCAUCAACUGCUUUGUCCACACCAUUAUGUAUUCCUACUACUGUUUAGCAGCUUUAGGACCUGGAAUGAGGAAAUAUCUUUGGUGGAAGAAAUACCUCACAAUUUUGCAGAUGGUUCAAUUCGUUAUCGCCUUCAUCCAUUCCAUGAUUCCUUUGUUCUACGACUGCGGCUACCAUAAAGGAUUCGCUUAUGCCAUCAUGUUCCAUGCUUUAUUAUUUAUGGCUAUGUUUAUGAAUUUUUACCGCCAUGCGUAUAACAAACAAAAGAAGGCCAUUCAAUCAAGUGAGCAGGAUGGAACUACAGUCGUGAAGGCAAAUGGCCACAACUAUACAGAAAAGACUGAACAGAAUGGUCAAAUCUACCAUCGAAAAAAUGGCGUAGCCAAAGUGGCAGAAGGAACGAAUGAGAAAGUUGCCGGCAAAGAGCUGUAAAUGUCGGAAUAACUGUAUUUUGUUGCAAUAUUUAAGUAAAUAUGUGUUGAAGCAAAGAUUGUUGCAAAGGUGGUGCAAUAGCGGCAAUUUAUGAAACCCAGUGACUCUAUAGAAUACCUAGAGUGAAAUAUUUUUAUUUUAUUUUACGAUUUUACAUACAUUCCUAUGGUAGUGUAUACAGCAGAUAUAUAACAGUUUGUCAGAUACUUUUUCAGCAAUUACUUAAAAGUCAUCAAAUAAAAUGCUCAACUAUCAUAUAGAAUAAUAAUAUUUUUACUGCAAAAUACAAAAAAAAAAAAAAAAAAAAAAGGCACUGGAUAGAAUAUUGUCUUUAUAAAGGAUUCAAAUAUGCUUUGGACAAGAUGUAACGUAGAAUAUUUAGACUUGUAUAAACUGUCAGAUAGUUUUACAGUACAUAUGAAAGCAGUAUCGAAUAAAAUAUUCACAUACUUUAUGACAUAUACUUUUUGACUAUGUCAUACAGAAUGACGCAUACUUUUUGACUUAUUAAAUGCAUUCCAUAGAAGUUGCAUUAAGUUGUUUUUAAAGCUGUAGGAAGCACAAAACCAAACUAAUAUACGGGAUUUGUUUAAGGAAAAUAAAACGGCCAAUGCUUGUUAUCUGUCUUUACAAAGUCGACUGGAAUAGCGUAAAAUUGUUAUUUUACAUUCUGUAGUGUGACUGGAUUUCAUACAUUUCCAAUAACAUAACCAUCAUAUGAAAGAGGUUUAUCGGCGCAAAAAUUUUAUCUUUUUCUUUUAUUACAAACUGCCAUAAUAUCACAUACUUGUUUGUCCGCAUCUGUUUUCUACGUCAUUGAGCUUUUCCCCGAUAAAAUAUUCAUAAAGAAAAUUAAAAUAUUGUUGCAUUACGGGUAAGUGUUUUCGAGUUUUGAAAGACGCUUCGCAUAUUAUUCGAUCGUGCUUUUUCUAAUUCAAAAAUAAUUUUAAUUUCUUUCGUCUUUUUACAAGAUACCCAACAUAAGCUUAUUAUUAAAUUAUUUAAUGAUUGAAAUUAUGAAAUGAGUUGUUGGAGUUUUUUUUUUUUUUUUUUUUUUUUUUUAAUUUCACGCCAACAACCACAUUUUGCCAAAUAUAUCUUUAUUAUGCAGAAAAAGGCCAUUUUCUCCAAUACUGCUCACCGAAGAAUGUUGUACUUGAAUUUUGUCCACAAUUUUGAUAUUGCGAUAAGAAAAAGCGAUUUUUCUUGCUACAAUUUAUGCUUGACGGCAACUGUUGUUAAAAUAAAAAGGCUACAAAAUCGAGUGCAUUAAAAUUUGUGAAACUUAAAAUUUAUUUUCACAUAUCAAAGAUUUUGUCAAUGAAAUAUAUAUUGAUGCAUUAUUGUUACGUUUAUUGUGACUAUCAAUAGAAUCUUUUAUGCAUGGAUCUUCUACUUUUUAAAAAAAUCAUAGAAGUUUUUUUUGUUCAUUAUUAAAAAUGAAUUUUUCACUCUUUUUUAUAAUCAUUUGGAAGUUUAAUUUUAUCAGUAGAAAAAAAAUAUUGAUAUAUGAAAAUUAUUGAUUUCAAUUUGUAUGUUAAAUUUGCAGAUAGGAAUAUGUAUCUACAAAUAUGUAUAUGUAGUAUGUUUGCAUAUUUAAAAAAAUAUUUUUUUAAUAUUCAAAUAAGUUUUUAUAAUGUGCAAUGCUUUUUGCUGUGAAUCAGUGCAAAUGCGUUACCAUGUAAUGUAAUUUUAUU